GUGACAAGUGAUGACAACUGUGAACUGACAAGACACGUUUUGUUUCUGUUGUUCGUAAACAUUAACGAUUCUUAAAAACAUGUAACCAGCAUUGAAUUUACAAUGCAUUCCGUACUCGUCGCAUUCGACUUUGAUCAUACGAUUACCAAUGACAAUACCGACGUCGUGGCUCGAAAGCUGUUGCCCCAGGAAAAAUUAACAGACAGCGUGAAGGAAUUAUGUCGUUCUAGCGGUUGGAUUGCGUACAUGGCGAAGAUAUUCGAAUUGCUACACAGCAAUUGCAUCGACAUAAAACAAAUCGAACGUGCCAUUGUCAAUAUACCUCCUGUACCGGGUAUCGAGAAACUUCUGAGAGAAUUACACUCGAAUGGCUGUGAAAUUAUUAUCAUUAGUGAUUCAAAUACGUUAUUCAUUAGUGAUUGGUUAAAAAGUAAAAAAUUAGAUCACAUUAUCACUCAAGUGUUUACAAAUCCCGCGAAACUCGAUGAUAACGGUGUAAUACGGCUAGAUAUGUACCACGUUCAGGAUUUUUGUAAAUUAAGUACUGUUAAUUUGUGCAAAGGGCAAAUCUUGGAAUCCUACAUAAAAAAACGGCGCGAUGAGGGAGUACAUUUCGAUCGAAUAGUAUACGUCGGAGACGGGAAAAACGAUUUAUGUCCAAUUUUACGUCUCUCUGAACGAGAUUUAGCAUUUCCGCGUAAAGAUUAUAUGCUCAUGAAGAUCUUAAACGGUACUGAAAAUCAUGAAAUUCCAAAAGUAAAAGCUCGCAUAUUUCCUUGGAGCGAUGGCGUACAAAUCUUAAAAAAGUUACAGGAAGAAAUUGGUUUAUCUCAGUCUUCUUUGUAAUUUUGAAAAAUAAUGUUCUCUAUUUACUUUUAUUUAAUGUGCUUUAUAAUUA